ACCUGUCCAGGGUGUACCCCACCUCUCGCCCAUAGCCAGCUGGGAUAGGCUCCAGCUCCCCUGCAACCCCACGUACAGGAUUAAGUGGAAUAGAAGAUGGGUGAAUAAACUUUAGCAACACACCUGUCAGGGGGCAAACAGCAGCUUAGCAAACUUCACAGCCUAAAAAACAGGCCUACAUCAUGAGACUCAGUAAAACACAGCCUUUUUAACUUUCAUAUAUGUUCUUUAAUACAGAUCCCAAAGUGUCACAUGCAGUGUGUAAAAAACACAGCUGAGCACCACAUUGUACUACAAACACAAAUUUAUACAUUUAUAUGUUUAUAUUUUCACAUUUUAUUAAAACAAAAAAAAAAAAACAGAUUAAAAUGCAGAAGUGAAAGUGAAGAGUUUGACAGAGGUUGUGGGUGGAACAUUUCUGUGUUAGAAUACAGUCUGGUGAAUGCUCUAUUUCCUCCAAGAACCUGACGAUGCAGCGCCUUCAAAUGCUGCUCUUCUUCCUCAUCGCUUCUCCCUGUUUUGUGAGCAGCACAAGACCGUUGAUCCAUGUAUUUGGAUAUGAAGGGAGAGAAGCCAAAGUCUCCUGUUCUUAUGAUGCAGGAUAUGAGGAUUAUGAGAAGUACCUGUGCAGAAACGACUGUGGCCAUUAUGACGUUCUCAUCACAACGACGGAAGCAAAGAAGAACACAUUCACUAUCAGCGACGAUAUAAACAAGAAGGUUUUCACAACCACCAUCUCUAAUCUUCAGUAUCGUGAUGCUGGAAAAUACUGGUGCGGAGUGACAAUAAGUGGAUAUGAUUACUACCCUGCUGAAGUCAGUCUGGAGGUGGUGAAAGACACCUGCUGUGACAAUUCCAUCAAAGUCCCAAGUUCUGAGGGAGGUUCUGUGUCCUUCACUUGUUCAUAUGAGUCUCGGUACCAGAACAACCUGAAGUACAUGUGCAGAGGAAACCGUCCGUCCACAUGUCUGCAGCAGGCAGUAGUCUCCUCCACCGAGAAACAAGACACACGCUUCACACUGACUGAUGACAAGCUGUCAACAUUCACAGUGAACAUCACCAGUCUGACCCAACAGGAUUCUGGGUCGUAUCUUUGUGGAGUCCACACAAACACAAGUCUUGAUGUUUUCUCUGCUGUUGAUCUGGAGGUCAAAGGGAACACCUGCUGUGACAAUUCCACCAAAUUCCAAAGUUAUGAGGGAGAUUCUGUGUCCUUCACUUGUCCAUAUGAGUCUCGGUACCAGAACAACCUCAAGUACAUGUGCAGAGGAAACCAUCCGUCCACAUGUCUGCAGCAGGCAGUAGUCUCCUCCACCAAGAAACAAGACACACGCUUCACACUGACUGAUGACAAGCUGUCAACAUUCACAGUGAACAUCACCAGUGUGACCCAACAGGAUUCUGGGUCGUAUCUUUGUGGAGUCCACACAAACACAGGCCUUGAUGUUUUCUCUGCUGUUGAUCUGGAGGUCAAAGAGUGGUGCUGUGUGAAGUCAAACAAACUAAGAGGCUCUGUGGGACAUCCAUUAACUAUGCAGUGUCCCUAUCCACCACAACAUGGGACAAACAGGAAGUUCCUCUGUAAGGGAGACCACCACAGGAACUGCACAGACAUGAUGACUGACACCAGGUUCACUCUGCUGGAUAAUGUUUCUACCAGCUCUUUCUUGGUGAUGGUCUCAGAGCUGGAAGCAGGUGAUUCUGGGACGUACUGGUGUGGCUCAGACUCACACUGGAGCUUUGGAAACUACACCAACGUUGGACUGUCAGUAGAUGCUGCUGCCUUUAAGGCUGUGGUUUUCAUUGUACCUGUUGUGCUGGUGUUUGUUCUGAUAUUUGUGAUGGUCAUGGUGUGUAAACACAAAUGUCACAAAGGAAAAGCAACUGGAGCCAACGUGGAAACAACACAACAACAACACAAGGCUGGAGAUGAAGUGAUCAGUGAGUCUGAUAUUUAUGAAAAUCAAGACGUGGUCGUGUCCUCAAAGCAGAGGGAGUCCAAACAGCAGAACAGCUGCUCCCGUUAUGAUGCAGGUGGAGCCCAGCAGGACUUGAUGUAUGAAAACUUCAACACAACUGAAGAAAUCUACUGUAAUGACAUUUACUGUAAUGACAAUAAGAAAUGAGCACUGUGCACGUCUAAACAUUACCUUAUGCGUUCCAGCUUGUAAUAUGUUAUAUUGUAAUAUCAGGCUACUUUUAGCUUCAGGUUAUUACUGCCUUCGCCCUGACGGCUUCAGACUGAGCGCUACGUGUUCACCAUGUUCCUCAAGUUCAUGGUAGUUUUCUUGUGAUCAUCUGUGUUUCCUCACUGUCAAGCUUUUCCUCUUCCUUUAAAUAAAGAUUGGUAGAGUAAAUGACUCAACGUUUACUAGGUUUACUUUACGUUGACAUGCGGCGAGGCGGUUUGACAGUUUGACA